AGGAAAAAAAAAUUCAUUAAUAUACACCCACACAUACACAAAACAUGAAAAAUUAUAGUAUGGACCAAAAAAAGCCUCAGCACGUGUUUGAUCCUGACCACGCCAACAUCAAAAACGAUCUUUCUCUGAUCGUAAUACUCAUACACCACCUUAGCACGUAAGAUAGCGCAUUAGAUCUUACGAUCCAACACCAACACUUGAUCUUGAUUACAUUACUCAUAUAUACUAUGAAAAUAACUAGUAAAAGAGGAAAACUUGCUCAUAUACACUAUGAAAAAUAACCAGUAAAAGAGGAAAACGGCUCAACCUAAUUGCUGGAGUUUCUAAAAACAAAUUUUUCUUUGCAUUAGUAUAAUUUUUUGGCUCAGCUUGUUCCAACAUACAAACUUUCGAAAAGAAAAAUAAAUAUCCAAAAUUACAAAUAGAAAUUAUGUUUUACACCAAACUUAUACGUAAUAUUAAUUAUUUUUCAAAGAGUUACUUAUUCUAUUACACGAUCAAUAUUUACAUUUUUAAAAAAAUAUUCAUUACAAAAACAAAAAAAAAGCGGGAAGGAAAGUGAAAGGCGGUUAUAAAGAUUCGAGCCCAAAACGUAACCGUCAUCAACGUCUUUGCACAACGAGAAUAGAGAAAACUUCCAUUUGCAGAAUGAUUCGCUUCUUCUUCUUCAUCAUCGAACGCAACUGAGAUCAUGAACGAACCAAUCGUAUCCAACGAGAGCCCUCGGCGAUCUCUCACCGUUCAACUUUCUUCCCUGAUGAUCGUCGAUGACAGUUUAUCCUACGGCAAACUUCCUUCCCAGAACCUCACCCUCUCCGUCCUCAAACUCGAUUCAUCGUCAUUCCAAGUUGAAGUUGCUAAAACCGCAACUGUUGCAGAACUCAAGGAUGCGGUAGAGGCGGUUUUUAGACCGGAGAAAAUAUCCUGGCCACUUGUUUGGGGGCAAUUUUGUUUAUGCUAUGAUGCACAGAAGUUAGUUACAGAAACGGAUUAUCUUAGAGAUUAUGGUAUCAAGGACGGUGAUCAGCUUCAGUUUGUUCGCCAUAUAUCCAAUGUCUGUAGUAUUCAAAGGAAACCGAAGAAACGAACUGUCAAUUUGAACCAACAUGGGAGGUGCAGAUCAUCGUCCCAAGUGAAUAGAUACCAACAGAAAGAAAAUGUUGAUGCAAACAACAUCAGUUUAGAUAGUAUAGUCAUAGAGAAUGGGAAGGUUCAGAAUUGCAACGCAGAAGAAAAUCGCGUUGGAAUGGGAAAGUUAACUGGAUAUUUGGGAGGUAUGUUCUCAGAGGCCAGGAUGGCUGUUGUGAGAAGAGCUAGAAUGGAAGGUGGGAUUUCCAGAGGCAUAGCAAGUAGUUUUAGGAAGGUUAAGGGGAUUGUAGGUCAAUGCAGAAAGCCACAUAAAAGAAACACAUGGAAAGAGUUUUCAAGUUGAUAAUUUUACUCUCUAGUCAAUGCAGCAUUGUUAUGGGAUUUUUUUCUGCCACAGAUACUUUGCCUCAUUGUCACUGUCAUAUUACAGUACAGUUUAUUCCUUUUCAUGUACAUAUAAGAAUUGAUUUUGUCUUCAAAGCUA